UUGUUUUCGAAUGUCACGUUCACCUGAAUGUAGAAAAAAUAUAUUUAAUAAAACACGGCUGCCACGACUUAUUCAUUUAUUUAUUCCAUCUUCGGUUUUCGGCUAUUAUAGUUUAUAACGAAAAAGUUUGUUGAUUCGCCGUUGGUCUUCGGAGGACAAGCCCAUAAUGUAUUAAUAAAGAUGGAUGGGACGUUGGGAAUCGAAUAAAGAAAUCGCUCGUCUUUUCACCAUCACUCUUAUAGAUUACGUAGCUGUAGAUGCUCCAGACUAAUUCUUCGAAGAAGCUGCUGCAAUGGCAUCUGGUGACGAGGAUCGAGUUACCUCUUAACGAAUAGGUAAACUUUGUUCUACGCUUGUUUAUCUAAAGUAUGAAAGGAAACUCGAAUGAAACUUUUACUACCAGAAUCCAUGUAUUACAGGUACGUACGUACGUACGUACACUAUGACUAGAGUGGACGGACUUUCGCGAUGAAUUAUUAAGCAACGACAUUUACUCGGUCAAAGGACAUAUAAUCCAGCGUAUAACUUCUGACUCCCCGCGCAUAAUAAUAUAGGUAUAGUGCUACUAAACUAGUUGCAAGUCAUCCGACGACAAAUCUUUCAACGUAAUAAUAUUCCUGAGCCGAAUUAGGAGAGCGAGAGAAAGCGAGGGUUAUCUGAAAACAUUUAAAAGCUCGGCCGAGGUGCGUCACUCCAGACUUCGCCGGAGCAGGGACUCUUCGUCAAAGGGUCCCUGCACUGCAGGCAUUUUAUUUCAGGAUCAAGAAUAAUUGUUUUAGGUUCUUUUAUUCCCCUUCUCUUCUUCACCGAGGAAAAAAUACUCGAAAUUCAAUGAAAAGUAUUACCUAGCCGUUUCACAUCGCGGAUAUACAUAUAAUAUAUCGUUGCCCCACGUCUAAUACGAUUCGUAAACGGACGAGAACAAGUUGAAAUGGAUCGGUUUCCAAUACGUGGUUCCAGUUUUCGCGAUUUAACGCAGCCUUCUGGGCCGCACGCGGUGAAGGCACUCGUCACAUCGGAUAACUCAUUCUAAAAGUGUAGCUUGCGAAUCGCUUUACGAAAAAUGUACGUAUACAAGCGAUGAGAAUUUUGCAGUUUCUUUAAAAUGACUCUGAAGCCCCGAAAUGGGGGACUUGAACUUUUCAUUUGAUCAACCGAAAAAGUUUCGUUGAUUUUCUCAUACUGAUUUUUUCUAUUUAUACUUUUCUUUCACAUUUCAAGAUUGGAGAAAAAUUACGCGACAAAUUGUAACAAUACGUGGAAGAAGAAAAAUUGGUCGUAAAUUUUACAACGUCCGACCUGAUUUUGUAAGCUCUGCCUCGUACAAGCUGGAAUAAAUCUCUACGAUCGUAAUUGUUUUCACCCACACUGUGGUGUGUGUGUGUGUGUCUGUGUGUGUGUGUGUGUGUGAUUAUUUUGUACUUUUUUUUUUGCUAUGAAAUCCACAAUAUUAUAGCCGUUGUACGGACUGUUGUUACGACAUCUGCAUUAUGAUACAAUUAUCUUCUUUUUCUUCAUCUACCGCGUAAAUUUCGUACAACUUUCCAAUAAUUUUGAAUUCUAUAAGUCACCACAAUAAUGUGGAUUCAAAAUCUAUAGUUAUAACGUUGAACUGCACGACCCGAUUGGUUGAGAUCCACGAGAUUAGGGAAUGACCGAUGAAAGUUGAAAAGCCACCGGGGCCGAAAUAAUUUUCAAACACUCGACCGUCCCAGCAAAAAAGCUCUCUCCGUCCCGCGUCUACCUCCAACAAAAACCACUUCAAAGAGUUACUAUUGAAGUCUCUAACCAAAUAGCCAAAUUUCAGUUUCAUCCCUGCUGCAGGAUACGACGUCACUCUAAGAUUAAGGAAAAGAUGACGGUGUGACGGGAAAUUAGCAUAUACGGGACGUGCAGGUGCGUGCGUGAGAGUUUCGAGCGUGAAAAAAGGAUAAAAAAAGUGAAGCCGAAUAAAAGGAGCGUGAAGUAUCCAUAAAUCCAAUUAUGAAUCACCAUAAUACCAUCGACCUCAUACGAAGAUGAUGUGGGUCGGCAUGAUCUGAACGAAAGGAAAAUAGAAAAUCCUGCUACAGAACUGCAGGCGAAAUGACAAUAUGCGGAAACUUUCGCCAGGAAAAUCUCCGCGGCAUUCUCGAACCGGAAAAUGCGAGCUCCAAUUUCACCCAGCAAACUCCUACCGAACAUAAUCAUGGACCGGCCACAGUCUCGCCUCCUACGGUCUUUCACCCCGACGGCAACUUCAACUGCACCGCUAUUUUGCACGACGAAAGCUUUUGGCUCCUCGUCCUUAAGGAUCCCUUGCUAGCCCUCGAAGCGCUGGCGCUUCUCAGCGUAAUUCUCCUAACUGUAGGUGGUAAUACGCUCGUAAUAGCCGCAAUAGCAUCAAGUCCGAGUCUUCGAGCCCCAACGCAUUCUCUCAUCGUUAAUUUGGCCUGCGCGGACUUGAUAUUAGGGUUAACCGUCCUGCCACUUUCCGCAAGCCGUGAACUCAGAGGUGGUUGGGGUCUGGGACCAAUUACCUGUUCUCUAUGGACAGCUCUCGAUGUCCUUUGUUGUACAGCGAGUAUUUUAUCACUAUGCGGUAUUUCGGUGGACAGAUACAUCGGGGUAUCCAGACCCUUAACUUAUUCACGGGUUGUCACCACCAGAAGAGCGAGAUUGAUGAUCGCGACUAUCUGGCUUGCGGCAUUGGCCAUCAGUGCCGGACCUCCAUUAGGGUGGGCAGAGGACAGCGUUUAUGUUCCAGAAACCGGUGAAUGUAACGUCAAUAAGCAGUUGGGAUACGUCAUUUUUUCUGCCUGCGGUUCGUUUUACAUCCCGGCACUUGUUAUCCUCGUUCUCUAUGGGCUCGUCUAUAAAGCUGCGGUGAAAAGAUCACGAUUCCUGGCAGCGGGGUCGGUGACAAAAAGUCACGUCACCCUACGUAUCCACAGAGGCAACAAGCUCUCCGAGGAUUCCGGGAGCAGCAGUUCCAGCACGAAGUUGGUAUCGGGUCCUGGACCACCGCGGCGCUGGGCGUCUCAAGGGCGUCGUGGCGCCCUUUACAGAGGACCCGCAGCAAAAUUUCGAAGACAAAAGCGGGCUGCCAAGACCCUCGGAAUCGUAGUCGGAGGAUUUUUGCUCUGCUGGUUUCCGUUUUUCAUCAUUCUACCCAUAGAUGCAGCGUGCGAAUCGUGCAAUCUUUCGGAGAGUGCGAUAUUCGCGUUCGCCUUUUGGCUCGGAUAUUUUAACAGCUGUAUAAAUCCUCUGAUAUACGCAUGUAGCAGUAGAGAACUGAGACGAGCCUUCCAAAGUAUUUUGCGAAGAGCAUUUCUCCUCCGGGCGAGAACUAUUCGGCGAUCGCCAGCCGCGGUUUACGCGACUUCAGCUGCAGGGAUCGCUAACAAGAGACAAUUAGGGAUGAUGACCACCCCACGAGACUGAACUAAUAUACCCGCUACGAUAUUCUACUUCGUAACAAUAUUCUUCCAAGAACGGACCUAGGCAGACCGGACCACAUAGUUCGAACAGUAGCGAAUCCCACGGCUGUUUGCACUUCAAAGUUUACUGUAAACAAAACCCUUCGACCUUUCCGUAUUCUACACCAUAAAUUGAAUUGUAAACAAUUAUUUGUAAUCGCGCAGAUGUCCGGUGUUUUGUAUUAUUUUUUUCUUUUCUACAAGCAUCGAAAUCAUUUCGCUCAUUAUCAAAAAUUAAAUUGUUGCAAUAAUAACUGACAAAGUGAUAAAUUUUCUUA